AUGAGAAAUGAGAGGCCCGACAUGGUUGCGGAAGUAGGAAGGCGCAUCGGACAAGCUUGGGCGGCAUUCGGGGCAAACAGCGAUGUUCUACGCUCCAAGAAAAUUGCUCAACACAUAAAGACCAAGGUGUUCAACCAGUGUGUACUGCCGGUCUUCGUGUAUGGGAUGGAGACCACGACGCUGACAGAAAAGUCUGCUGAGAGACUCCGAGUCGCACAACGAGCAAUGGAAAGACAGAUGCUUGGCGUCUCCCUACAAGAUCACAAAAGGAACGAGUGGAUCAGAAAAAAGACAAGGAUCAGCGACGUGGUGGAAGAGAUUGAGAGCCCUAAAUGGAGAUGGGCAGAGCACAUUGCACGGAGGAACCAGGAUCGCUGG